ACACACACACACACACAUACUGAGUGGCAUCCUCAUAACAGAGUGAGACGCCCUUGGACUGCUGCAGGCAAGUGUGACUCACCAGGAUGAGGCUGUCGUCACAGGAACGAUGUGGGGAGAUGUGUGUGGUCCUGCUGGGCUUCCUGACACUGGCAGUGUCAGUGGGGAACCUGUCUACCAGGGGGACCCAGGAAGAGGGUGUGGCUUCCAACAGUCUGGAGGAGAAGCUGGAGGUGACCACAUACUGGUGGGGAGAGUGGGCCAAGUGGACCGCUUGCACUCGUACCUGUGGAGGUGGAGUGAUGUCACAGGAAAGGCACUGCCUCAAACAGAGAAAGAAAGUUGCCACUGGUAAAAACAACAUGACCUGCACAGGAACUGCAAAGAAGUAUCACCUGUGCAACACUAAAGAAUGUCCUACCAGUGGGAGGAGCUUCAGAGAGGAGCAGUGCUGGUCCUUCAACUCACAGCUUUACAAUGGGAGGAACUAUCAGUGGAAACCUCUGUAUCCUGAUGACUACGUACACAUCUCAAGCAAUCCAUGUGAUCUCCACUGCACCACGACCGAUGGCCAGAGGCAGCUAAUGGUGACAGCACGGGAUGGCACAUCUUGCAAGUACAGCAGCUACCAUGGUGUCUGCGUGGACGGUAAGUGUGAGCCAAUUGGAUGCGAUGGUGUGCUGUUUUCCUCCAACACAUUGGAUAAGUGUGGGGUCUGUCAGGGCGAUGGCAGCAGUUGCAGCAGAGUAACAGGAAACUUCCGGCGUGGGGCCACAACGCUGGGUUACUCUUUCAUAACUCAAAUACCUGAAGGAUCAUGGGACAUUCAGAUCAUUGAGAGGAAGAAAUCGGCUGACGUUCUGGCUGUGACAGACCAGGCUGGAAACUUCUUCUUCAAUGGGGCCUACAAAGUGGACAGUCCCCAAAACUUUCAUGCUGCUGGCACCAUCUUCAAAUACCGCAGACCAAUGGACGUGUACGAGACUGGGAUCGAGUACAUUGUUGCUAAAGGCCCCAUUGAUCAGGCUAUCAAUAUCCUGGUGUGGAACCAGAAUGGUCGCACUCCAUACAUCACCUACGAAUACACUGUUCUGCGGGACUCCCUGCCACCCAUCCCACCUCCUCCUGUCUACACUGGAUCAGACAGCUCAGCUGGUGAGGCGUCCGUGGAGCUGGGGAGUUUGCUGUCUCCUAACAGCAGUGUUUAUGACAAGUCCAGUCCUCAGGGCCAGCUCGAGCCGAGAGGCACAGACGGACAGAAGGGUCCAGAGACUAAUGAGGUGUAUGAGGAAACGGCAGCCAUUGACUGUGACCCGGAUGGAGCGGCUGCCCCAAAAUUCACAGAAGGAAACAGCAGUCAUCCAGGCAGCACGGCCAACCCUGCCGCUGUUGAAGCCCUGGACACAGGACCAGAUUCCCCAAAUCUCAUCUGGAGGGUCCUGCUGGAUGGCCAACUCAGCCCUGAUGAGCUACUCAUUAACAUUUCAACUAAUCAACUGCUGACUGAGGGCGGCAGCCUGUUCUUGCCAGAGGUGGGUCCACCAGAGGCAGAGCUAAGCAGUCUGGAGCGAGAUUUUGGUCUUAAUGAGACAAUGGAAUACACACUGGGCCGCAAACGCAAUGACAGUGGAGACACUUUGUACCAGAACAAAACAGUGCAGGGUGGUGGGAGGAGCUCCAACCGCUCCAACAGAACCAGGGGGAAUCAGAGGCUCCAUCAGAAGAACCUGAAACUGAGCGCUGCGGACAUGUACCGCUGGAAACUCUCGUCUCAGGAGCCAUGCAGCAUGACAUGCUCGAUAGGAGUUUCAAAGUCUUUUGUCACAUGUAUUCGCUAUGAUGGUGUCGAGGUGCACGAUAUGUAUUGUGAUGCUUUGACCAGACCCGAGCCGGUCCACGACUUCUGUAUUGGCCGAGAAUGUCAGCCCAGGUGGGAGGCAAGCAGCUGGAGCGAGUGUUCCAGGACCUGCGGUGAAGGUUUCCAGUUUCGGCAGGUUCGCUGUUGGAAGAUGUUGUCUCCGGGCCUGGACAGCUCUGUCUAUAGCGACCUGUGUACCAUAGUCGACCUGGAGAGACCCAUGGAGAGACGAGCCUGCAAAAGCCCAGCCUGUGGGCCACAGUGGGAGGUGGCCGAAUGGACUGAGUGUCCUGCUAAAUGUGGCCGAAAGGCCCAGGUGACCCGUGAUGUGCGCUGCUCUGACGAGGCCAGACCAUGUGACCUGAUGACCAAACCAGCAAUCAUCAAAAACUGCACAGGACCGCCCUGUGAACGCCACUGGACUGUGUCUGAGUGGGGACCUUGCUCGGGCUCGUGCGGCCAGGGGAAGAUGGUGCGUCAUGUGUACUGUAAGGCUCUGGACGGUCGCGUGGUCCCUGAGAGUCAGUGCUCUGUGGAAAACAAGCCGCUGGCCGUCCAUCCCUGUGGGGAGAGGGACUGUGCUCCACACUGGCUGAGCCAAGACUGGGAGAGGUGCAACACCACUUGUGGUCGUGGUGUGAAGCAAAGGAGCGUCAUGUGUGUCGGCAUCAAUGGAGGAAAGUUUCAGAUCUUUGACGAUGAAGCAUGUGGAGGGAGCGAGAAGCCAGAUGAGGAAAACACCUGCUUUGAGAGGCCGUGCUUCAAAUGGUACACAACUCCCUGGUCAGAGUGCACCAAGACCUGCGGUGUUGGAGUGAGGAUGAGGGACGUAAAGUGUUACCAGGGCAGAGAGCUGGUCCGAGGCUGCGACCCCCUCACCAAACCAGUGGCCAAACAGACCUGCACCCUUCAGGCCUGCCCCACGGAGCCUCCAGAUGAGAGCUGCCAGGAUCGCCCCUCCACCAACUGCCUGCUUGCUCUCAAAGUGAACCUGUGCAGCCACUGGUACUACAGCAAGGCAUGCUGCCACUCGUGCCGUGCCAUACGACCUCCACCCUCCUAGUCCAGCUUCUCUCCACCCAACUCCAACAUGACGACAUAUAUGGCUAUGUUUACUUGUACAGCAGUUACUGUGAAUAAUGCGGAAGACAAAGAGCUAAAAAUCAAUUUUUAUAAAGCUUACUCCAGUAACUUGUAUUUAUGUUUGCCCACUUUAAGUUGGAUAUUUUAAAUGAAUGAAAUCUGA